AUGGCUUCAGAGUCUCCUCAGAUGGAAAGGACGCCGCCGCAGACAGAUGCCGGGGAUCAGGCCAUUGGAACAUCUGAUUCUAACAAGCGGAAGGCGGAACAAGGCAACGGAACGCAGACGCGCACAAAGCGGAAUCGUUACAUCUCCAUUGCAUGCAACGAGUGCAAGCGGCGCAAGAUCAAAUGCAAUGGCCAAGUUCCAUGCCAAAGAUGUGGCCAUUUGAAUUUAGAAUGUCGCUAUGCACCGAAUUGUUGCAAUAACAACUUCAAAGACUCGGAUGAAUACCGGUCGUUGACAGAACAGAUCACCACUUUACAGGAUCAGGUUAAUAACCUUUUCAGCAAUAUCAAUGAUAUUCGCAACCAAAGACCUACAUUUGAGACUCCAUCCUUUGACCCUCUCUCGAGGGAUGCAUCUCAGCCCGUCUUCACGCCCAUGGCACCUGGAUUAGCAAAGCCUCGAGCCCGUCACCCCCGUUUUCACGGCCCAACAAGUUCAGCAUUCAACUUUGAUGUGGCCAAAUCCAGUCUGCAGAAUAUGGGCAUCACCCCUGCAGAAGAUGGGAUUACCGAUGACUUGACCACUGCACAUGUCACGCCAGCAGGCUCACCUCCUCACUUAGGGCAGCUCCUCUCAACUGUACACCCUACGAAAGAUCCUCUUUGGUCGAUUGGACGUGAGGAGGCAAUGCGUCUUUGUAAAGUCUACGAGGAAGAGAUCGGGAUUAUGUAUCCAGUGGUGGAUAUCGCCUCUGUCACCAGCCAAGCCAAUUUACUGUACACAUUCAUCGAGGCUGCUACCCGAACGGGGUUUGCACAAAGGGGUCUUCCAGGCUCCGACGGCCUCCAGGAUGAGGGUACAGUUCUCUUGAAACUGAUCCUUGCCACCACGCUGGUCGUGGAGGGAGGUGGUGAAAGUGAGCUUGGCCAGCGGCUUUACCUGGACGUGAAACCAGUCAUAGAAUCAAAGAUGUGGGAGCCUCAUAGCAUCAAGACGAUUCAAUUGUUUGCUAUUGUGGCAACAUAUCAUUUCCACACAGACGACGACGCCAUGGCCUAUCGCGUCAUCGGAUUGGCAGCGCGGAUGUGCCUGGAAAUGGGACUUCAUCGCCGGGAUGCUUUGGUCAAGUCAUUCCCUAAUGAGGAUCACUGGAACGAGGUCACUCGGCUAUUCUGGUCGGUCUACAGCUUGGAUCGACGAUGGAGCUUAGGGACGGGACUGCCUUUUGUGAUCCAAGAUGAGGACAUCGAUGCUAAUCUACCAGAACCGGAUGCAUCACUGCCAUAUUUGCGUUGCAUGAUCCUCUAUAACCGAAUCAGCUCUAAGAUCUGGUAUUCCGGUCUAGGGUCAGAAGGCACAACCGACAUUCGACGAGAUGAAAUCGGAUACCUGGACUACCAGAUCCUGCAAUGGUACAAGCAGGUUCCAGAAGAACUAAAAUUCUACCCUGUGGAGUCUCCCAAGACUGGAGAAAGCGUAAGCAGAGGCAUGAGACGACUCAGGGUCCUCUUGUAUCUGCGAAUGAACCAGCUCCGAAUUCUGAUCUACCGCCCCGUGCUCCAUUCGUCUGCUAGCAUCGCAGAAGACCGAGGUCACGCCCAAACAGUGGUGGAUGUAGCCAAGGACACAGUCAGAGUGCUCACUCGCCUGAACCAGAUGUCCGACAUCUACCGCACACAGCAGAUCACCUUCAACUACUUCCUAGUUGCUGCAUUGGCAGUGCUUUUCCUCGCGGUGUCUCAUGCACCGGCCGACUUUAAUCGACAGGUCCGCGAUGAAUUCUACAUGGCUCUCGACCUAAUCAACGGGUUCAGUACCAAAUCCUUCGUCUCCAAGCGACUGUGGAAGACCAUCAAGGGCCUCCGGAAAAUCGGAGAAAAGCUCGGUGUUCUAGCCCGACCUUUCGGGACAGACUCAGCCGAUCCCCAUUCCAGUGCAGCGGUGGCUAUGGCCGGCCUCGCAGGGCAUCCGAUCGAAGAUCUGUCCAUGUAUGGGCAGAUGAACAACAGGAAUGAGCUUGGUAGUAGUCCCCUCAAUGGGCUCCAGAUGAGCCAUGAAUUGACGAACUUGUUUGAGGCUGUUGGUGCUUUUGGAAACUUCAUUCCUGGCACUACUAGUCCUGAUACUAUCGGUGGCUUUGUUGGGACAAAUGGAGAGAUUCAAAAUACUGGUGAAGGUCUAUCGGGUGUUUUGGGGGAUGAGGGGGAGUUUGCCCGGGUCAUUCGUGAUCUGUUUUGA